UUAAAAAAAAAAGAAAAAAAUUAUACACUGUUACUCGUAAAAUGCAAAUGGAAAUUCUUGAAAUUGCAGUUAAUCGAUAAACAAGGAGCGCUCACUAAUUGCAACGAUAGUGUGACAAUUGCAAAAGAAUUUGUUUAAAAAUUUAUGAAUUUAUGUGUAUAAGGUAAAGCAAAUAACAAAGCAAAGUAGUGAAAGUUAAUUAUCAUAGAACAACUAAAACCUACGAGGAGUGAAGUAAUGCUGUUUAACGGCUCAUUGCAUACAUAUGCGUGUAUCUUAUUGCCUGAAAUUUUGACUGAGUGAAACUAAUUGCGGCAGUUUUUCAUUUACGGGUACUGCCCGCUAAAGUAAUAUGAAUCGUUACAUUACCCUUUCACAAUUGGGUGAUGGCACAUACGGCACCGUGGUGUUGGCUCAACGCAAGGACACUGGCGAAAAAGUGGCUAUUAAGCGUAUGAAGCGCAAAUAUUACUCCUGGGAGGAGGCGAUGAAUUUGCGCGAAGUCAAGUCCCUCAAGAAGCUUUCCCAUCCGAACAUUGUUAAACUGAAGGAAGUCAUACGCGAAAAUGAUACUUUAUAUUUUGUUUUCGAAUACAUGAAAGAGAACUUGUAUCAAAUGAUAAAGGAUCGAGACACACAUUUGCCCGAACCGACUCUGAAAAGCAUACUGUUUCAGGUACUCACCGGCUUGGCGUUCAUGCACCGUCAUGGAUUUUUUCAUCGCGAUCUGAAACCGGAGAAUUUGCUUUGCUCAGGACCGGAACUUAUAAAAAUUGCAGAUUUUGGCUUGGCGCGCGAGAUACGAUCGCGACCGCCGUUUACGGACUAUGUUUCCACGAGAUGGUAUCGCGCGCCAGAGGUGCUGCUGCAUGCCACAAAUUAUGGCAGUUCCAUAGAUCUUUGGGCAAUGGGCUGCAUCAUGGCGGAACUGUAUACAUUUCGACCACUAUUUCCAGGCAGUAGUGAGGUGGAUCAACUAUUUAAAGUUUGUUCUGUUUUAGGAACUCCGGAGAAGAGCGACUGGCCAGAGGGAUAUAGGCUCGCUGCCACUAUACACUUUCGUUAUCCGGAAUGCAUCAAAGUACCACUCAACACCAUUGUGACACGUUGCAGUCAAGCCGGAUUAGAUUUGUUGGAGGACAUGUUGCACUAUGAUCCGGACAAGCGACCCACAGCGCAGCAAAGUCUUAAAUAUGCCUACUUUCAUGCAUUGAAACGCAUCUCACCCACUGCGGCUGUCAAUGCUAAUGUGAAAAUUACGGCCAAAUAUGCCGCAGCGGCUGCUGCCCAUGCCAAUGUCAAUGCUGUUAGAAACGCAGGACAGCUGCAAAAUUUAUCGAAUAACGUGCUUCCGGUGCAAGAGAAACUCCAAGCAGUGACUGAACUGCUGCAGCAGGGUAAUAGACAAAGCAACAAUAACAAUACCGUAAAUGCCAACAAUGCAUUAAAUGCGACAAUUAAUAUCCAUCGGGGAGCCAACAAUGUUUAUGCCAAACGAACAACGAUUCCAGUUUCACACAAUGCAAAUCAAAUACAAAUGCCAAAGAUAAGUUUUUUGGCAAUAAAUGGUGGAGAUACGAACCACUCCACGGUGCCGCUCCAGAUGUCUACAGUCACCACAAACUCAAACUCGCUCAAAAACAAUGCGAUGCUCACCAAUAACUCGAACAACAUCGCAAAUCUGCAACUGCGUGACCCAAUGGAAGAUAAUACCUCUUUGAAAAGUGGCUCCGUGCGCUAUAAUGCGAUUCUCGCGCCAGCUAGUCACGUAUACCUUAACGGUGUGGAUUCUGCGCUCCAUAAACGUUCGCAAGAAAAUCUGGCAUUCACAGAGUCCAUAAAUGAUAUAUAUUUGAACCGAAACACUGGUCAGCUGCAACCGCCGCAGCCUCCAAAUGUUUCCUUCAACACUAGCAAUACCACAGCAGGAAAUAUCAAAGCUGGAGUUAUCUACUUAGCGAACGGCCACCGGAACUACGCACUUUUCGAGACAGCUUCAAAGAAUGCUAAAAACUCUGCGAAAAUUAAUGGCUAUUACCUGCAGGCGCGUCCCAGUUUACUAAAUAUCGAUACGGUGGGCAAGGAUGGGAAAGUGUAUAAUAUGUUCUCCAAGGUAGUGCCCAAACAAGCACCUUCGGCUAACCUGAUAAUGCGUAACGGAUUUGAACCCCCUGUGGAGAGAGGCGAUCCUAAUGAACAAAUACCCGUCAGACAGCAAUAUCAAGGUGUUGCAGAUGACAAGAAGCCUUUACCGCCUGCGCGGAAUGCUGAGUUGAACAAUGGCGAUGAACUCGAUCUUAUAUUGGGUUCUAAAAUCAAAACGUCAGCUAAACGUCAACGCCAACGCAAUUCAAAAGCAAAUAUUUUACUUGAAGAUCUCUUCGGUCACCUCUCGCUCGAUUCGGAUAGCGACACAGCGAAGCUCCCAAAUACAGUUCCCUUCACAACAUACCAACAACAAUCCUUCGUGCAACAUAACUCUAGUUUGCCAAAUGGUUAUUCGAACGAGAACUCGCUGACAGAGAAGAGUAAGGUGAAAAUCCCCAGUAGUAUUGAAGUGAACAACGGUAGUUAUGCUGACUCGCUUUCAACAAAUGCUUCUAGUAUAUCUAAGGAUUCACUUGACCCGCCCACAGAUGAUGAGUGCCAAUUUUGGCCCAUUAGAGUUGAUCCCCAGUCUGUUGAUAUGAAUAAAUCUAAAUUCCAACCGUGGGACGGCACCAAUAAAACUGAAGAUGAAAAGCUAACAGCAUGGAUGGUCGCUGAGAAUGGUUCUUUGCUUGAGAAGAAAAUUCUAAAUGGACUCAAUGACAAAAACUAUCCCGAAUGGAAUACAACGUACCUUAAUUAUUAGAACAACAACAACAACAAAUCAAGAUAUAAAGAUAUAAGAUAACGGAAUGUAUUAAAUUGAUGGAAAGAUGUGUGAAGUAAAUUUUCAUACAAAAGUUUG